GCGUCUUCAAUCCACUUCACAAAUAAGCUGUGCCUUCACAACACUACUGCAAGGAACAAUUGAAUUGAAUUCCAAAACUCGAUCUGUUCGUCGACCAUGCCAAAACCAAAGAAGAUCAUCAACGACCCUGCCAACGCCGUCGAAGAGUUCAUUCGAGGACUGCUUCUGCAAUAUCCCAAUCGUUUGGCCAAAUUGGCGAAUCAUCACGUCGUCCUCAAGGCCGACAUUGCCUCUUCUUCUCAAGUCCAUUUGUUGUCGGGAGGAGGAUCGGGUCAUGAACCCAGUCAUGCCGGGUGGAUUGGCAAUGGCAUGCUCAGUGGAGCCAUUUGUGGAGGAAUCUUUGCAUCGCCCUCGGUCGCGGCCGUGUUGGCGGCCAUUCGAGCAGCCAAGAAUGAUAAGGGAGUUUUGCUGGUCGUCAAAAAUUACACGGGAGAUCGCUUGAAUUUUGGCAUGGCCUGCGAAAAAGCCAAUGCCGAAGGAAUCCACUGUCAAAUGGUAGUCGCCGCCGAUGAUUGUGCCCUCGAACGCACCAAAGGAAUCACUGGAGCCAGAGGUGUGGCCGGGACCGUCCUCAUUCACAAAAUUGCCGGAGCUGCUGCGGCCCAAGGAAAAUCCCUGCAAGAGGUGGCCAAUUGGGCCAACGCCGUAUCCGCACGCAUGGGCACGGUAGGUGUCGCCAUGGAUUCCGUCACUGUCCCAGGUGCCGACGCCAUUAACGAUCGACUCGAUGAAAAUACCAUUGAGAUUGGGCUAGGGAUUCAUGGCGAGGCAGGUCUUCGACAGUCCCCACUGCUGACGGCCAAGGAAAUUGCACAAGAACUGAUUACUACCAUUCAAAAAUACGGCCGCACGAGUGGUGCAGACGGAGAGAUUGUCCCCAUGUUUCAACCCAAAGACGAACUGUGUAUCCUAGUCAACAACCUCGGUGGAACCUCCAAUUUCGAAAUGUCCAUUUUGGCUCAGUCCUGUGUCGAAUUGCUGGAAGGAGCCGAGUUUGGGGCCCAGGUGACACGGGUGCUGGUUGGUUCCUACAUGACAUCGUUUGAUAUGCAUGGAGCUUCCUUGACCAUUCUCAACCUUUCGGGUGCCCCCGACGGGAUGGUCGCACUGCUCGAUGCCGCCACAGAUGCUCCGGCUUGGGGAGUUUGUGACACUUGGAACAGAACGGCUGCCCGCGCAUCGGCGACGGAAAUUCCAGAAGUGGUUGUAGCAGCAAACGAGGUCUCGGCGGGGUCAUUGCCAACCUUGACGGUACCCAAUUUUGAAGCGGUGGCCAAACAAAUGAUUCAGGCAGCCGCACAAAAGUUGAUUGACGAAGAACCAACCCUCACCAAAUACGACACCAUUGUGGGCGACGGAGAUUGUGGGAUUACUAUGAAACGAGGCGCCACGGAACUUUUGAAACGCCUGGAAAGUGGCGACCUCAAAACGGAGCAUCCCGUAUCCAUGUUUGCGGCGAUUGCCGAUGCCGUGUCGGCAUCCAUGGGAGGUACAUCCGGAGUGCUGCUGGAACUCAUGUUUCGUAAAAUGGGCUCGUCGUUAGCCCGAGAAGAGACUGUGGGAGUGGACCAGCUGCAGGCUAUUCUCGGAACCGGCACCGACGCCAUUAUUCUCUAUGGAGGUGCCAAUGUUGGUUCUAGGACCAUGCUGGAUGCGCUUGUCCCCGCUUCGAAUACUCUUGUCUCGUCCAAGAGUUUGGCAGACUCUGCGGCGAAAGCCAAAGAAGGUGCCGACAAUACUGCUUCUCUCAAAGCUGCCAGUGCCGGUCGAUCCAACUAUCUGUCAGAGGAGACUUUAGAGGGAACACCCGAUCCUGGAGCCAUUGCUGUAGCCCUUGUCUUGGAAGAGAUUGCCAAGCUGGUAUAAGAGUAUGUGUUGAAUUCGACUUUUCGUUCUCCCUGCCGAUUCUCUUGGCUGUAGCUAGCGUGCAGAACGACUGUACAGUUGUAGUCUAGUUUACUGAAUUCAGCGAUGAAAAAGUUGGCUCUAUCGUGUCUGCAAAUUGUAACAACAGCAAAAUCAUAUCUGUGCUGGGGACUGUAAUCGUAUCAACUCAGGAGGGCAUUCAAUGAGUAGAAUGCGUAGCGAGGCUGCUUUGUAUCGUUUUAAGAAGGGAAACCAUGUACUGCGCCGGUCAUCAGCAGUACGUAUUCCAUCGUCGGUGGUGAGUUUUCUUUGGGUGCACUACUUUACAUUCUGUUGCGAGGCUGUCCUGCCGUCUACUUCAUGACCGCCCCACUACUUGGCGAGGUUUCCGUUCCGCCGAUCAAGCAAUCCACCGUAAAUGCCAAGAGAUUGAGUGCCAGGCUGGAACCUUCAAUGGACCCAGCACCAGAACAUUGAAUAAAGGGAAAGACAAUUAUAUCAAAGUCGACACUGGCAUUCGCAAAGAACUGACAUUGCAGGGGCGCUGGCAAGACCGCUCACUGGGGGACCAGUCCAUCUGAGAAGGUUCAAUCGACUACAGCGUUGAGGCCAUCGGUUCUCCUUCUAUCCAAACAUCCAAUUCCGAAGCCAAAAGGCGAAGCACGUAAGUUUAUUGUUGGUCUGAAGCUCUCAAGGAGGGGGAAUACCGUAUUGAAUCCAUAGUUUCAGCUGGCCUUCCUCACUAGUGACAGCUUUCUCAUACUGUGUCAAAAGCUCUUGCCCUUCAUUCACGUCCUUUGUGAGGACGAGCAGCAUAUCUUUCCGCUGCAGUCCAGAACUGUCUGCUUCGUUGGAGGAUUCCUUGGUUUUGUCCAAACAGCUUCCAAAAGUCACCAGCUCCGUAUUGGCACU